AUGGAGAAAUCAACUACAAAAGAAACAAUGGCUUUAACUUUAAAAAAUUUAAGAAAAAAUAAAUGGGGCUCAUUAUCCAAAAAAAAAAUAGAAGGUAAAUCAUGCUAUUCUCCUAGAAUAGAAAAAAUGAUUGAAGUAAUAUCCCCCAUUUUAGAUUAUUAUGGAUAUAAUAAGGAAGAUGUAUACAAUUUUAUUAGUUUAUACAAAUUUGAUAUAGAAAAAAUUCAAUUAGAAUUAGGUAAUAUUGUGGAAUCUAAAGAGGGUAAUGAAGAAGGCUUAUGGGAAACAGUGAAAACUCGAAAAAGCAAAAAAACACCCUCAAAAAACGUGAAAAAAAAUAAUCUUUCACAAAAUAAUACAAUUGGAGGAAAAAAUAACAAAAUCGAUAAAUUAUUUUCAAAAGGUUUUAAUUUAAAAGAAAAAGAUUUAAGAAAAAAUAAUAAAUCGGGAAUAGGUAUUGCAAAUACCAGUGCCGAUGUUGGGAAUUAUAAUAAAUAUAAUAAAAAUGAUAAUAAAGCCACAUAUAUUGUAAAUUUGGGCUCAAAAAAUGAAGAUAUUUCACUAAUAAAUAACGGUAAUAAACAACCUUAUGAUGAUAAUAUGACAAACAAAAAUGUUAUAGGUGAAGACUCACGAACAUUUACAAAUAUAAAAUCAAAUUUACAAAAAAAUGGAGAAAUAAAAUUAUCUGAAGACGACGAAGGCAAAAAAAAUAAAAAAAAUCUUAAACAAUCAUCGUCACAUGUUAUAAUAAAUGAUGACAAUUUUUUACAAGGUAAAGAAGUUACAAACAAAAAGGGGGACCUUCUAGCCAAUAAUAAUAAUCACUGCAUCAGUAAUGCACAAAAUUUUGAUAAAAAAAAAAUAUUAGCAUCCGACGAAGGAGAGAAAUCUAAAUAUAAUGAUAAAGUAUUAGGUAUAAAAAAUAGUAAAAAUAACAAGACAGUUAAUAUACCAUCAACAGGUAUUACUAAUAUUAAUGUGUCUGGAUCGACAACAUUCUCAAAUUUUAGUAGAUAUAGUAAUUUUAAUUAUCAUGAUAAAUAUUUUAAUAAAAACUACAAUAGAUAUAAUAAACCAUUAAACGAUUCAUAUUAUGGACGGAAUAAUGGUAAUAAGAUUAGAUAUUCCACGUUUGGCAAUAAUAACAGUAAUAACAACAUAAAUAACAAUAAGCAAGGCUUAUAUAAUUCUGGUAAUAAUUAUAUUAAUACCCACGAUGGUAAAGUAAUCCAACAAAAAAGUAAUUUGAACAAAUAUACUAAUAAAACGGAAAAUCACAAUAAAAAUAAUAACAUAGAUGGUUUAGAUUGUGAUCCUUCUACGGAUCAGCGGGCAGAUGGUGACUCACCAAAUAAUAAACCUUCAAAUAGUGAUGAAAAUAAUAAUGAUAACCCCCAAAAAAAAAAUAUAGAUGGAAAAGUCCCAAAUGAAAAGGGUAAUGCAAAAAAUAUGUCUUAUGCUUCUAUAGUUAAUAAAAAACUUAAAGAAGCCUUUUCAGGUGUUAUAAAAAAAAUCGAAGGAAAUAAAGCCACACCAAAUGAUCAAGUUAUAAAUAAAACGGAAGAUGAGGGGUGUAAAAAAGAAAAAAAAAAUAAUAAAAAUCAGUCAACAAAUUCUAAUAAGAAUUCCGUCAACAAUAGUAGCAACACUGACAAGAAAACUGAUAAAUUAUGGGUAUCCAUUAUUACAAAAGGCAGUAAAAAUGGAAAUACGUACGAUAAUAAUAAUAAUAAUGCGGAAAAUGCAGAUAAUAAUGCUACAAAAAAUGAUGAUAUUAAUUCAAAAGACUUAAAAAAAGAUGCAAAUAAAAAAAGCGCUCAAAAUAAUAAACUUGCAAAGCAAAAAAAAAAAGAAAACGCCCAAGGGAAAGAUCAAAUUGUAUCUAGUGAAAAUACCUCCAAAAAUAAAGAAGAAAUAAAUUUCGAAAAAAAAAUAUUAGAAGAGGGAAAUAAAAAAGGUCAAUUAAACGAACACACAAUUGAUACAAAUAAGAAAAAGAAUGCCCAAGAUUGUACUCUAAGUAAUGAAAAUAAUAAUAAUAUUUCAGUAAAAUCAAAAAAUGUUAAAGAAUUAUCUAGUGACGUUAAAAAAGGAAAAAACAAAAUAAAUCAAUCUGGUACUAACAGCAUCGAAAAUAAUAGUUCAAAACUCACAAUUUAUUCACAGAUGGAUAAAGUACAGGGUCACCAAUCUUCGGUGCCAGAUGAUUAUAACAAUAUGAAAGAUAAAAACAACGUCCCAAUAUUUAUGCCCGGUUUAUCUCUAAUGGGUAAUAAUGUAAAUAAAAAUAUAUUUUUUGGUAAUAUUAACAUUACUGGAGAUCAAAUAGAAAAUUUCCAUAUCCCCGAUAGCGACAUCGAUCUAAUGAAAAAUGAUAGAAAUUAUCAAAAUUCUAAUAACAACAAUAAUAACAGAAUGAUAAAUACUGAAAAUAGAAAAAAAAAUAGCUUGAGAAAAAAUUAUGAUGUAGAUGCAUCUCAAAUUGAUAUAAAUGCUGAAAUAGCUAACAGCGAUAAUAAUAGUGGCAGAUCCUUAUUGCAUAUGAAGGAUACUGAAAAUAGAAACUAUGAAAAUAAUCAUAGAAUUCAUAACGAUGCUGAAGCUAAUAACACUAUUGACUUAAGAAACCAAAAAGAGAGGGAAAUGAAACAUUUGUAUUUUAAAAAUAAAAACCCAAAAAGAGAAGAUCUUAAUAAUGACAACAAUAAAAUAUUAAGUGAUGAUAAACAAAAAAGAAUAUUCCAUACUCAAAAUAAUAAACAUGCACAAGUUAGUGCAAAAUCGCAUCAUAUAUACAUACCUAAAAUAUCUGGAGCAAUAGGAACAGCAUCAACUAAUGAUAUACCAAUUGGUAGCCAUCAUCAAAAUAGUCAACAACAUCAUCAAAUUCAUAGUUCAUUAAACAAUAAUGUUAAUAAUAGUAAUCAAAAUAAUACAAAAUACUUGAUUAAUAAUUCUUCAUCGGUAUAUAUGAACCAAUCAUUACAACACCAUUCUGCACAUGAAAAUAAUAACUCUUCAUCAUCUCUUAUUAAUGGAAAACAUAAUAAUAAUUAUGCACAUAAUGUAAUGAAAAACAAAAAUUAUGACCAUGAUAAUGAAGAUGCAAAUACUUUGCAACUAAAUCAAAUAUCUCAGAAAUAUUUACAAAAUCAGCAUAAUACAGGAAACAAUAAAUUAUCAGCGGAUAACAAUAAUAAUAAUAUCGAUGAUAACAAUAGUAGUAACACUAACAAUAUCAAUGGUAAUAUAAAUAUCGGUGUAAAUUCAAGCAAUGGAUUAACAAAUAAUAUGCCAAAUAAAAAUACAAAUGCAGAUGCUAGUAAUAUGAAUUUAAUAAACUUAGGAAUGAAUAAUUUAAGUAAUAAUAAUAUGUAUAAUUCAUAUAAUUCACCUCCAGGCUUAGCUAACCAAUUUAAUUAUUCAUUUACUAAUUUAUCAUAUCCAUAUAAUAACAUGCACUACAAUGGAUAUACUACACAAACAUUAGUUCCUCAAUAUGGUUUAAUAAACAAUCAUUAUAAUAAAAAUAAUAGUAUUCAUAAUAACAAUUUUAAUUAUAAUAUGAAUUAUGAUAAUUUUGACGAAACUAAUUUAUAUGCUCAUAAUAAUAAUAUGCAUAUGAAUAAUUAUGUAAAUUUUAUGAAUUCUAAUAUAAAAAAAAAUCAAUUAAAUGCAGAUGAUGAUACCUUAAGUAACUCUGGCGAUGUAUCUAUAGCAGGUGCAUUACAACCUCACAAUUUAUCUCAUGAUAAUCAGAAUAAUAAUUCUAAUCACAAUGGAACAAAUAUGAAUAAUUCAUCAUGUAUAGAUAAUACAACAAAUAAUAAUGCUAUUAAUAAUUUAUCACUAAAUAAUAUGAACCCCAGUAUGAAUAUAUCUUGUUCUAGUGCUAGUAACACUAACGAUUUAAAAAAUAAAUCCCAAUUAAAUAAAAACAUCAACGAUUUACAAUUACAAGCACCUAUACAAUCAAUGAAACAAACCCAAAACGCUCAUACUAAAAGUAACAAUAACAACAGUAAUACGACUACCUCUACUGCUUCUAAUAAUAUGAACAGUCAACAUCCCCACAAUAGUAAACAUUCAGCUCACCAUCAUCAAAAUUUAAUCAUCACUAAUAAUAAUGGCAAUAAUAAUAGCAAUACUAAUAACAGCUCUAUAAAUCAAUAUUCCCAAAAUCAAUUGAAUCAAAACAAUUCACAAAAUACAGCAUCAUCUACUUCUUCCUCUUUAACAGGAAAAAUAGAAACAAAUAGUUUAAACAAUAAUGCAUCACAAAAUAAUCAAAAUAAUUACUUAAAUAAACAAUUAUAUCAUAAUAAUUACUAUAACAUAAACUCAAAUAGUUAUAAUAUCCCACCUGGAUUUAAUAUGUCACAAGAUAAAGAACAAAAUGCCAAUUAUCUUAACAACAGUGUUACUACUACCAAUGCUAAUACAAAUGUAGCAGCUUAUAGAAAUAACUGGACUAAUAUCAAUGAAAAAAAUCUUAACCACUACAGCAUGAAUUAUAACUACAACCGGGGAAACAAAAACAACUUCAACUAUACUAGCAACUUGAAUUACAAUAACAGUAAUGGAUAUAAUGGAACUCGAGAUAAUACAAACACAUUUUUUAAUUACAAUAAUUUUAGCUAUGCUUUGCAAACCCCACCAGGCUUACAAAACUAUUAUCAAAAUACUCAAUAUCAACAACAAAACAAUUACAACAGAAGUUACAAUUAUUCCGGAUAUAAUAACAAUUUAUCUAUGUGGAAUAGAGAAGAUUGA